GUGCUUCGACGGGGAGUUACGAGGUUUGGUUACUUUGGUAAAUUCAAGUUGGAUAACUGAAAACUACAAGUAUUUUCGUCAAAAACAUAUUGUUAGUUGUGUUUAUUUCGAAGUAAAAACAUCUUCCUUUAUGCUCUUCAUCGUUAUCUAUUACCAAGCAGCGUUCUUCGGAUAAAUUGGCGCUUUUUGAGUAACCUAAAGCAGGUUUGCUCGCCGUCUCAUUUCAAUCGUAUCUCGCCAUGAAUAGACAAAGCGAGAACACUGAGCUUGUGGAUUUGAUAAAUCAUAGUCAAGCAACCCAAAAUGCUGUUGCCAAUAGAUGUAGAAAAAAUAGAUCGACAAAAACACAUUCAAGGGGAAAACGAGGUCAUAUUAAUAGAAAACGUAGCAGAGAGGGACAGUUAGUUGAUACAAGGAACGAUGAAGAGCCAAAUAGUGCCGAAAGUGCAGAAACAUCUGAGCCAACUUCAAGUAAUAAUGGAAUUGAAAUAAUUGAUGUUGAGCUUGUUAAAGAUAAACCAGUUGUUGAUCUCACACAUGAGUCAAGAAAUGAGGUUUAUGUUGACCUUACAUGUUCCCCUGAUCAGUCACAUCAUCGGCAGUCCGUCAUUCGUUAUCAGUCAUUAGUAGGUAGAGCAAAAGCCCCAGAGCAAAAUAAAAGUACAGAUGAUGUGGUUAUCGUUCCUAAAGAAACUGAAGGGGUUGAUAAUGUGCUUUCCGACAUCACUUGUGCCAUCUGUAUGGAUGAUUUUAAUCAGAUAAAGAAAGCAAAACGUCAGCUAACAUCUACAACAUGCGGCCAUGUUUUCUGCGAUCCUUGUAUAACUAGCUCAAUACGAUCACAAUCCAAGUGUCCAACAUGUCGGAAAAGACUCACAAAAAGAUCACUCCAUCCAAUAUUUUUGUAAAAUUGUUUGUAAAGAAUCGGGCUUUAGGUUUUUGCCACUUGGCACAGAGAAAGAAUAACUCUGAUGAUGAUAUAAAAUGAGAAUUUCUGAGAAUUUCUGUAAAUAUGUUUUUGUGUAAAAUGAAGUGUGUUUGUAUAAAGGUGUGUUUGUAUAAAAUAUAAGUAUCUGGGGCUUGUACAUGUUUGAUUGU